GAAACCUGUAAUACCGUGUUACCAUUUGCCAUCCCAUCGAUUACUUGUCAAAUCUGAUUGUUUUUCAAUGUGGUUUUUUAAAAAAUUGCUAAUUAGUCGAAAAUGUCUUGCCAAAUUAAUGUGACGGCCAACAUAGCGGACGUUCCCGCGAUACGCAGGUGUCUUUUUCCAACUGAUGAUUCAAGGGGUUCUGAUAGCUGGUUGCAGUUGUGCGAAUUGUCGGUUUCCCCAACGGGUGAUGUAAUUGCACUCGCAAAUGACCGUAGACUUGUUAUUUUGACCUCAAAAUGGGAUACUAGUAGCUCACUAAGUCAAUUUCAAAUCACCUAUUCCGGCUCUGUGCAUGAAAGUGACAACAUUAAAUCAGUCAUUUGUGUUCCUGUUGUAAGCCAGACUAAAAGCUCACAUAUUGUCCCUGAUUGGACUUGCAUUUUGCUAGGAUUCGAGUCAGGUUUUGUACGCUUUUAUACCGAAAACUGCGAGCUGUUAUUAGAGGAACAGCUUCACAAUGAAGUAAUUACGAGUAUUAAAUGUCGGAGCCAACACAACCCAAGGCCUGACAUUGCCCCAGAUCUGCACCCUGAGGAGAUUUACGUACAAUACCAAAGCACGGUUUGUGUCAUUUCAGGAAACCAGUUAUUUCCGAUUUUGAGAUCUUGCCGCAGCGAUUUGGCUAAAGUCCAAGCCAAAGGCGAUAGUUUGGAGCUGACUCAGGGCAAUCUGGCCCCCAAAAAAUGGGGCUUCCAGGACCAGGCCACCAUCAACGACAUCGCGGUGGUUGGGGUUAAUUUGCACGGGACUUUUGACCACCUACUUACAGCCUCAACCUGUGGCGGCUUUGACACCAAAUACCGCUCGCAAGCCCCCUACAAUAACCUUGUCUUGGCCGCGGGCUCGCGCCCUUUUGUGGGGUUCCACUACGCGCUGGAGGGGUGCCCCCAGCCCGUCUUCAGCGACGUGGCCAAAGCCGUCGCCACCAAAAUCAAAUCUGCGCUACCGGGCUGGCUUACGGGGAAUAAGGCCUCAGUGGACAAGCAAAUGACGGUGGCAAUGCAGCCUGCAGAAAGCAUGGGCUGCCGUUUCGGCCUCUGCGAUUUGCGCCGCAUUUCCACAAAUAUCGUCCUAUCCCCAGAUCAUAAAUUAGCAGCGGUGUCGGACGCCUUAGGACGCGUGAUCUUGAUGGAUGCGUUCCGAGGCGUCACUUUGAGAAUUUUCAAAGGCUACCGGGAGGCCCAGUGCUCCUUCAUCCAAGUCCCGGACGAAAGACACUCAAAGCACAGGAUCGGGAAUAAAGUCGCGUUGUUUCUCGUGAUUUACUCGUCAAAGAAAGGAACCGUUGAGAUUUUCACGGUGCAACAGGGCCAAAAAAUUUGCACCUUUUCGGCCUCGAAGUUCAGCCGUCUCGUUUACAACAAUUACGGUCUCAUGGGGUUCACAAUCACCUCAAAGUCGCGGUUUGUCUGCCAGUUUGACACUGUUCUAAUUGACAACGACGGCCAAAUCAAGGAGGUCUUAAUCCCGUUUCAUUUCGCCUUAAGUGAGAAAAAUAAUAAAAGGGCUCGUGAUAUCCACCUGUUCAAGAAAUUGAGACAGUUGUUGAAACAUAGUGAUUGUGAUAGGGAGACGCUCGAGAGCGAGACGUUGAAAAUUAGCGCGGAAAUCAAAACCGUUGAGUUGAAACUGCAAACUUUAGAACUGCUACAAAGCGAUAACAAUCUCCCCGCGGAGAUUAUCCUAAAAUGUGUUCAAUUGUUCAUAGAUAGUUCCGAGCCGGAAGCGGAUAAUUUACGAAUCGUUGCGGAAAAUACUCGUGUUUUGUUGAAUUUCUACCUGUUUGUGAAACAUCAAGGCGUGCAAGAGUCGGGGGAAAACCCUACGAGAAUUAACCUCGAGACGAAGCAAUUAGGCAACUUGCAAAAACUCCUAGACUUGAGCACCCUCAAGGAGCACAAACCCGGAGCGCGAGUGGCGUUCCAACAGCCCGAGUUGUCACCGUCCGAGUUCCUAUCAGCGUUCGAUUUGAGCAAUUCCAUGGGCUUGCGGCCCGGAAUCGACCUGUUCCGGGUCUCGGAUCUGGUUUUCGGGAAGUACCUCCAAAGCCCGGACUUUGACGGGUUGUUGGAACAACUCCAAAGUUGCAGAAUCCCGCCGCUGGAUUUGUUCCAUUUGUUGGUCUAUUUCUGGGUGAAUCGGCCUCUUGUCACCGAGUUGGAAACCGAGAUGAAUAAUUUGUUCCUGUUGGUGGAGAUUUUGGUGAAAAGUGCCAAACACGAGGAGUGCUUUUUGUGGGGAAAAGUCCGGGAGUUCUUGGCCGAUUCUGCCAAGCCGUUCCGGGCGCUCACAGCCGCCAUUGUGUGUAAGUUAGUCUCGGGCCAAAUGGAGGCGAGCCCUGACGACGAGAGCUUGGAAAUUUUGUCACAGGAGAGUAUCGAGUGGACUUUGUUGAUUGGAAAACUGGAGGAUGUGUCUCUCUUGAACAUAGUUUUGGCGAACCAGCCGGUGGCGAGCUUCGCCACUUUGCCCAAGCUCAAGCACGACCAUAUCGAGAUCAGUCUGAAGUAUAUCCUGGAAAGGGGCAAAGGCUCGGUUAGCGAGCUGGUGGCCCGCUGGCUGACCUUCAGUGGCGUUGACCCGGAAAACAUCGUUGUUAACGACCUCCUGCUUAGGAAAAGCCAAGACAAUAACUCCAACUCUUCGUCUGACAAUGACGACGACGACGAACUGCCAGAACAGGAUAUCAUGCCCCACAAAAUCGACCAAGUCCAGUCGGAGCCGGUUUUCGAGCGUCUGAACUUGCUCAAGUCGCAGUUUCCGUACAGUCUGGAGGCCGGCAUACUCCUCACUAACAUGUGUUGGGAGUAUGCCCUCGCCUGGCAAAAAAACAUCGAAGACCUGGGCAACCUAGAGGCUUGUAUUAAAUGCCUGACGCACGUCACCAACCCCCACAUCCGCGAGGGCGUCUUUAACCUCGUCUGGAACACGCACUUGAAGAUCAUCUUCGAAAGCGCCUCCAAGCUGAUCAACAAAGUCGGGAAACUGCCCAAAGAGCGCUUGUGCAAGCAAGACACCGGUCUGUCCGACUACCAAGUUGCGAUUUUCCUGGGCAUUACCACAAAUUUCCUGGACAGUUACAUGGCGGCGGUCCAGGAGAGCCACGGUUCGCUUAAACCGAUCCUGAACUUCGAGCCGAUUUGGGAAAACGGGCCGCAGCCGCUCGUCGAACUGGCCCUUCAGCAGAACGCGAUCAACUACGAUCUGUUGCAUCUGCACUACCAGUUGAGUCUCACCUUGCAGAUGAUCACCGCCUUUUCAAUCAAACACUCGAAACCGCUGAACAACCUGUUCGAGAGUUACAUGAUUGGGAUGUUCUUCACCGACUUUCAAACCAAAGCUCAGAUCAACUGGAGCUACACGGACCCCAGAGUGCAGCUCUCCCGCACCCAGUUUUUGUUCAAAGUGAUUUCGGCAAGUCUGGAAAGUGUGACCAUCAAUGAGAGUAAAAUCUACGCAGCGGAUCACAUCAGGUGGAUGGCCAAGUGUCUGGAAAUCGCCAAGUUGUGGAAUUUGGACUUGGACGCGCUGCGACGCUUUGAGCUCGUGCAGAUUUACACGAACGGGUUGGAUAGUUUCGGGGAUGAGGUGUUUAGGGGGAUUGAGGAGAAGAGGAAACUGGGGCCAGAGUUACUCGCAAUCGCGGGGAAAAGGCUGUCACAGUUUCUGACGACUUCGCCCAAUUUGUGUCAGAAUGUUACAGCGCUGAGUACCGUGGUCACCCGCUAUAUGGAUCAGUUGAAUGGGGACUGGUGCGCGCCCAGUGGCCUGGAUGGGAUCGAGAAUUUAGCCAAUCGUAGUCUUUCAUGUUUAGACGAGACUCAACACGAGUAUAAAAUAGCUGAAUUGUUACUAGAUGGCUGUAAGACGUUACAAAGUAUUUACAAGAGCAAUUAGGUUUUUUAUUCGACUUUUUAAUUUUAUGUGAGUUAUAUUGUUAAGAAAUCUAUUUAUAUACCGAUACCAUUGUGAUUUACCAAUAAAAGUUUGAACGAAAA